AAGAUUUGUCUUGACAUCGACGGAGUUUUAGAAGAAAGUAUUGUAGCCUAAAGAUGCGGGCAAAACUAGACUUGUCAUGGCUGCUGUGAGAGUAAUCCAAGAAAUUCAAAUUUCUUCUUCUCCAUCACUUCCAGCUCAACCUCCUCAACCUCUCUCCUUCCUUGAUGCUAUGUGGCUGCAAAGCUCAACGCCGGUAGAAAGGCUUUUCUUCUAUGACUUUCCUCACCCCCUCUUCCACUUCAUAGACCACAACCUCCCCAUCCUCACCAAUUCCCUCUCCCUCACCCUCCGCCACUUCUACCCAUUAGCAGGAUCCAUUCGCCCCUCCCCUAAUUACGACAACCAAUUCGAGAUCACCUGUGAGGAAGAUGACUCUGUCACCAUCACCAUUGUCGAGUUCAUUGGCGAUGAAUUCCGCAACAUCUCCGGCCACCAUUCCAAAAACUUCAAAAACCUUCGUCUUCUGGUCCCAAAACUUACAAAGACAUCCUUAGGUGGUGGACAAUUUCCCCUCAUUUCGAUUCAAAUCACCAUUUUCCCGAAUCAAGGUCUCUGCAUUGGCUUCGCAAUACACCACGCUGCAUGCGAUGGAUCUGGAUUGAUGCAAUUCAUCCGGUCGUGGGCCGCUGCCUGCCGCUGUACUGAACCUACCCUUGACGACAUCUCCCCUCCAUUCCUCGACAGAUCUGUUAUUAUCAAUACCCACGGAAUAUGCAGGAAAAUAUUUGAGAUGAUGCGCAAGUACAAAGGGGCAAGUGGAAAGUGUUUGGAGAAGCAGAGCAGUUUAUCCAUUUCCGAUUCUAACUUGGUCUUUGCAACUUUUACUCUCAAUAAAGAUCAGAUUGGGCUGUUGAAAGAGCGGGUGCAAGCGAAGAGAGUGGAAGAAGGGAAGCCAUCAUUACAUAUCUCAGCUUUUGCUGUAACUUGUGCUUAUGCAUGGAGAUGCCUCGUGAAAGCUCAGGCUUCUGACGGAGAUAUCAAACAGUAUUUUGUUUGCGCUGUGGAUUGGAGAGCGAGGAUGAGGCCGUCGAUCCCAAGCAACUACUUUGGGAAUUGCUUGGGGGUUUGUAUGGCGGAGGUGAACUCAAGAGUGCUGGUGGAGAAGAAUGGGAAUGAGGUGGCGGCCAUGGAGAUAAGUAAGAGCAUAGACGCGUUGCAAGGAAAGGAUGUUUAUGAGGCAUUAAUAGCGGUGAUUGAUAGGCAUUGGGAACCAGCGCGGAGCAGGCGGUUGUCGGUUGCUGGAUCGCCAAAGUUUAGGGUUUAUGAGGUUGAUUUUGGGUGGGGGAGGCCAGUGAAGGUGGAUAUUACUUCUAUUGGUGGGACGAGAGCCAUCUCUCUGGUUGAGAACAGAGAGGAGGCAGGAGGAAUGGAGAUUGGUUUGGUACUUCCUGAGGAGAUGAUGACUAUGUUUGAAACAAACUUUGCAACGAGUUUGUUAGGAUGA